AGCGCCAUCUAUUGUCGAUGUAAGUAAAUGUCAAAGGUUAUUUCGCGUCAGAUUUGUGAUCCUCAACACCAUCGAAGAGCUACGAAGUUUAUCUAAAAUCCGGAGGCAUCCUUCCUCCUUAUUAGUUUAUAAUAAUUUAGAAAGAUGAGUGGAGGAGUGUCAUAUUAUGGGAGUAAGAUAAGCCUAGUAUCGAAUGCUGGAAUUCGAUAUGAAGGCCAUUUAUUCUCGGUUGAUACUGCCGAUUCGACGGUGACUCUUUCGAAAGUACGUUCCUUUGGAACAGAGGACAGGCCAUGUGAUCAUCCCGUCGCCCAGAGAGAUGAGAUGUAUGACUACAUCGUGUUUAGGGCUUCUGACAUUAAAGACCUGAUGGUGUGUGAAGCUCCUAAACCUCCACAGACAACCUCCAUUGCCCAAGAUCCAGCCAUUCUGCAGCACUCGGGCGCAGUGAGCUCUACCACCAACCCCAGUUUUCGGCCACCCAACACCUUUGCGUCGGCUCCAGCUCCCUUUGCUCCAUUUAAUCAGCUCCCCUACCAAUAUGGUGCUAUUGGAGGUAUGAUGCCAAAUCAGUUUGCAGCAGGCCAGGUUCAGCGCCCUCAAAUAGGAGUUGGCAGGCAGACUCCUCCACCCAACCGCAAGUCGCCCACUAUGGAGCAGGCAGUCCAAGCUUCUGGUCCGCAGUCACCCGACAAGGACAAGAAGAAUGAGAGCAGCAGUAAGGGGAGGAAAGACCAUGACAAGAACGACCAUCGUGAUCAGGAGCCCCAGCCGCAGAGGAGACGAGGAUCCCGUGAGGAACAGCGCAGGGGUGGCAACAACAGGGAUUUCAGGGAUGUGAGAGAAGAGGGGCGUAAUAGGGAUAACCAGGAUCGCUACCGAGACAAUCAGAACAGGGAUCAUGAUAGAGAUGGAAUCAGGAGAAGGAAUGAUAGAGGACCUCGGGAUCAAGGCCGCAGACCAGAUAAUCAACAACAACAGCAGCAACAGCAGCCUUACAGGAGGGGUCGAGGAGGACGUGGCCGUGGUCAUCGUCCAUUGAUGGCUAAAGAUCCCAUCAAGGUUGGAACAGACUUUGACUUUGACACAGCUAAUGCCCAGUUUGAUAAGGAGGCCAUUGAGGAUGAAUUUGAGAGCAAACUGAAGAUUGUUAAUGGGGAUGAGAAGUCAAGUGAGCAGGAACAUGAAGGGUCAGGGAGUGAGACGCCCACCAGUGAGAAUCAAGAUGACAAGGCAUUCUAUGAACCAGAGAAAUCAUUCUUUGACAGCAUCUCAUGUGAAUCAAAUAACCAAGAUGGAAAUCGAACUCGUCCUAGCCGCCGUGAAGAAUACAAGAUGAACACGGAAACUUUUGGAGUGCCGUUCUCCAGGGGACGUGGUCGUGGUAGAGGCGGAUUCUACCGGGGUGGUUACAAUAGAGGUGGAUACAAUAGCUACCAGGGCGGAUACAACAGGAGUGGUGGCGGAUACAGAGGCCGUAACAACUACCAAAGAGGUGGAGGAGGGGGAGGCGGUACAGCCUGGAAUAAUAGGAGGAAUCGCAACCAGGACUGGGGGCGAGGGGAUGCACCUCAGCGUAGGGACCGUGGAGAUGAUAAUCGUAGGAGAGAGGAUGGGAUCAGUAAAGGCACUACGGAAAGCAGCCAGAAAGAAGAUAUUAAAGUUGCUGAAGGAUCAUAGAAGAAAGGCAGACCAAAUGCCAAAUGAGCGUUUUUUGUACAAAGGACAAUUUUGUUCACAUUUGUGGCCAAAAGGAUAAGCAGAGCUUCACUGAAAGAGCUUGAUAAAGGAGCUAGCUAUGCAUGGCAGGAGCAGCAGUGCUAAUCAAUUCAUGGGAUCUAUAUAGUGCCUGGCUCAAAGGAAAAAAAAAAGACGAUGAUAAAUAUAUUUCUGAAUAUUGUAGUAGAAUUAUUUUAUUGAUCAGUUCAAGAAAGGAGGUUAUCCAUACAUUGCCUACUACAUGUACAUGAUUAUUACAAGAGGAAUUUCUGAAGAGUCUCUCAGAGAAAGUUGUGUUGUAUUCAAGCUGUGGAUUCUUGCUUUAAUUUGGAAAGGAAGAAUUCCUUUUUUUAAUUAUGCUUUAUCUUUCACUUGUGGAACAAUCAAGUCAAGUAAGGAUUUAGGCUGGAAAGAUGUCAAAAACUUAUUAGUUUUUGUGCAUUGUGAAAUAUAAUUUACAGAAAUCAAGUGUUAAUCUUGAAUGCAGUGACAAUAUUGUCUCCCACAAAAAAGAAACCCAUUUUCAGAGAUAGAUUUCACAAUUAUUAAAAGUGUUUUUUUACUAUAUAUUUGAUACUCAUGGCAAGAGUGGCAUCUCAUCUCAAAUUUGAAACCAACAGCUAAGCAAUUGUUCAUGCAUGGCAGAUUACAAACAAAUAUUGAGGCAUAUCAGAAACGAUUUGCGCAGAAACUCCCCUGUGAAUCUGAAUCCACUCUCAUUUUAGGGAUCAGUGAGAGAAUCUUAACAAAGAAUACAAAAGAAAUGCUAAUGAGCCAAUCGUCGAAUAAGCACGGUCGUCGUAUCGCAAACCAAUCUUGUCCCAUUUUUCUGCGCAAUCUGGUUUUGACAUUAAAAUUUCACAUUCGUCUCGCCCAUUAAUGAUUGAAGUGUUUGUCUCAUGUUAAGUAUCAAAAUGAAGUGGAAAAAUUUAAUUAUAUGAGUAUGUAAAUGAAAUGUCAUAAUUUAUUUUCCUUUGAAGAAAAAGAUAUGGGAAUCCUGGUUUCCUUAUUUCUGGGCCACACUGUCUGUUAACAUUUUGUUCAAUGUACAAAUCACCCCCUCCCCCUUCCAGUAUUUGAUGCAUGUUUGGAAUAAAAGCACAAUUAAAUUAUUUCUAUUUCAUUUCCUUUUUGCCUUUUUUGUUCAAUUAUCAAAUAGAUGGAUUGCAAUUAAGUUAACAAUUUCAAGAUAAUUAUGCUACUGGUCACAUUUUCAUGUAAAAAUAUUGGCUAUUGGACAAAGCAUACAUGGACUAUUUAUUUUAUGUCACAUAAUUUUAGCCAAGAAAAAAUUUAACAUCCAACAAAGGCUCUGCUGUUUAUAUGAAGGAAAUCAUUUCUGUAGGAUCUUCUCAGAAGAACCUCAGAGACAAAACUCCAUACCAAUUAUUGCAUGAAAAGCACUGCACGGUAAAUGUCAUAAUGGCCCAUCUAUACCAUGUAACACCAUGUGUAACUGUACGUCUUCUAUCAUUCAGCCAUUGUAAUACAUUGUAGUGCAGCUAUUAGCUUCGUUGUUCAUUUUUUACCCAUUUGACAUUGUUCUUGUGGUUUAGUGAUGUAGUUGCGAAGGUGUAUGUUGCUUGUAUCCUGAAUAUGGGUCCUGGGUCUCGUAACACAAAGGUUAGCGAUUAAUCAUAUGCUUGGUUUUCAUGAUCAAUUGAAUAUUGUAGUCAAUGCAAUCAUGAAAAAAAUUGUUCUACGAUGAUUGCUAAGCUUUGUUUUACAGGCCAGUGGUGUGUUAGAAAAAGUCAACCCGAUAUUGUGUUUUAACACUUUUGAAGUAGGCAAAUGAUAUACUUAUCCUGAAUGAUAACAAUGGAUAGUCCAAAUUACCGAGUUCACAGGAUUUGAAUAGAGUAGUGAUGUGAUAUGUGGUAGUUGGGGAUAGAGAGGAAGAAGGGGAUGCAUGUUGGAAGUUUUGUUUUUGAAUUGAAGGAAAAGUAGAGUUCUAAAUUCUGAGAAAAUUUAAAUUUAUGAGCUUUCUCAUAUUUUUUUUUUAAGUCAGAAGGAAUUUCAUAGCAAUAUUGUUCAUUGGUCAGGACUGCUCUUCGAAUGCCCAUUAAUGAAAAUUCAUGCAAGACAAGAAACUAUGUGGUUCUACUUACAUGUACAUGUCUUUUUUUAUGUGUGCAAUUCGUUUACCUUUUGAAAAGUCAGAUGCUGAUUAUUACAUUAGAAUUUAGUAUCCAAAUUGCUUUCGAACUGUUUUUGCUUGGAAAUCAAUUUACAAGAAUUUAACUUUUUUUUUGAGAAUCUCGACAAAUACUUUACAUCUCUUGAUUACCUUGAUCAUAGGAAGAAUAAAUCCUUUUGGAGUUUUCUACCAUGCUGUGGCCAGACUCGCCCCCACCUUACAGCUAGUAUUUUGUUUUUUCUUUCAAUUAUCUCUGUUCUUGCACCAGUUCUUUAUGGCACUUUCUACCCUAUUAGAUAUAAUAUGCACUUAGCAUCAAUGUAUUUCUGUUGUCAACAAAGCGUUAUUUAGAACUUAUGGAACUAGGAUAGACGUUAAAAGCUAUAUAUUCCAUUCACCUACUCAACUAUUUAUAUCACUUCACUAUACUAGGAUGUUGAAAAAGUGGUUUUCCAUAGGAACAGAUGAAAUGAGGUUAAUGUUUAAUUGUUCAUAUAACUUUAGACGAAAUGUUUGAAAAACUUGCUGGUGAUUUUUUUUUGUGUGUUAAUGUUGUCAAUUUCAAUAUUAAACUGGUUAUAUGAUAUGACUUUCUUUUGAAAGAAGUUUGAUUAUACAACAGAACUAUGUGUUCUAUCCCAUCUGAUAUAGACUGAACUCCUCCCACUUUGAGUUUGAAAUAAUGCCAUGGGUAAGAAAUAAAGAGACUAAUAUUUGAGGCCCGUUUGCAUUGUAUAAAAAAAAGGAACAUCACAAAAAUGGCAGUAUGCUGUUUGCUUGGUUAUCUCUUUGCCAACUAUCUAUAGAGUAUGUUAUUGUCUUAAUUCAACAAUUAAAUUUAGCACUGUCAAUUUGGUUUCUUCUUUGAUGCUAUUGUGUGCAGGAAUGUGAAAAAUAAUUGUGCUUCAAAGUAAUCUUUUCAAUAGAUUUGAACAUGUGUCAAUUUCUCAUAAUUUCAUGAAAAUAUCAGGCAGAUAAUUAAUAGGGAAGACUGCAUUCUCAGGCUAAUGAGGUGACAAUAUCAUUGAUUAUGUGUGUCUGUCAUGCAAAACUAGAAAUGUGUUUGUAACAUUAAUAAAACACGACAUAUAUUUAUUGCCAUUGUCCACAGCGGUGAAAUGCUUCUAACGUUCCAUGGGGUGAUAUAAGAAGUAAUAAAUUAUGGAGAAACUUGAGAAAGUAUGUCUGUCAUUUAAGUGCACAUGGCGUAUCUAGAAAGAUGUUUUAUUAUCUCGCUUGUGUGGUCAAUGCAUACAUAAUCCCUCUUACACAAGGCAUGAAAUUCUCUGAUAGACAUCUGUAGGCAAAGGCUGCAGCUGUAUCCUUGCUGUUGUAAACGCUAACUGUAAGCAGUGCAUCUGAUACACUGAGACUUCAAAUAGUGGGUGCGGAGCAACCACUGCCUGUACUUUUCUCAUAUUGCUUUAGUUUUCUUUUAUCAACUAUGAUUUACACAGAUUUUUGUAGAAAAAACUGCUUCCAGAUAUUUGUUGAUGAGAAGACCAUGAUUAGAGGGCGGUAUUUGUAGUCUUGUGUAUCAGAUGAGUCGCUAUUGUAACAGUAGUGUAACAGCAAAAAUAUAUGUUUAGAGCCUCUGCCUCGAAUAUAGGCUACAGGUGCAAUCUCUGUACACAAAGGUUAAUUAUUAUUUUCAGAGUUUUGAGAUUUUGGCUGACUGGCUAUUUAUUCUCACCGACUGAUUUGUCCCCCACUUUGAGUGACUAAUGAAUCAAUAUAACAUUAUGUCGUCAGCAGUAAGUUUGCUGCAUAUCUUUGUAUUAAUACUGUAGUGAUUGUACUGGUUAUUAGUCGAUGUCUUCCUAGUGUUGGUGUAAGCAGUUUUUACUGCAGGAUUGGUCUUCUUUAAAAAAAUCUGGCAUCUGGUGUGUUUUAAGGUUAUUUUUGUCACUUUCAUGACAUCAACUUGUGGUUGAUUUAUCGUUUACCAUGAUGAACGUGAAUUUGAACAUUUCCUUGAUUUUUAUGUCUGAUGUAAUUGGCAAUGAACGAUUCAGCAAUUUUCCAAAUAUUCAAGGUGAAAUGGUAAAAUUGAAGAUCGGACCAAAAUGAGAAAAAUCUCACCUGGCAGAAUUAUCAGCGAUGUUCUUGGAUUUAAAUUUUUACGAAUUGUAAAUUAUCAUUUGAUGAUUAUUUUACUGCAGUAUGUGUAAAGCUCAACACAUGGCUUGGUAUUUAUUAAUUUUUACAAUAACAAAGAGAUGCUAAGGCAAGCUAAAAUGACUAUGAAGAAUGUACAGAAAGGGUAUGUUUUAAAGAUAAUUUUUAUUUAGUUGGAAAUGUUUUGUGUUUGAAGUAUGACAAUAAAGUUUUGUAAUUUAACUUUAAUUGAAUUUGUAUCACAAAGAAAUGAAUGGUGAUAUUCAUAAGUCAAGUAAACACAUUUUACCCACAGUAAAAGGGGUUAUGUGAUUGUGGUAAAGUAAUCAUUUUAUUCUAUGGUUUCAAACACAAAUAAUCAAAUAUUUUUCCUGUUUCACUUGUUUCAUUUUGACAUUUUUUUCAAAGGAAAGUAUUUUGGAAUGUGUACAUUAAAAAGUUAUUUCAAUAUCGGUAUAACAGCUACAUACAAUUGGGUUCAAAGUUAGAAUUUAAAAAUGGCACUUUAUUCAACUCUUUAUUUUUGUGUGAUGAUGGAUCAUUGAAUUAAGAAGCUGUUGUAUUAAAGAAGAAAUGUUUGAUUAAUCAAAUUACUUUCAAACCUUGUGAGAUUAAUAUUCUGCAUGUAUUGUGUGCAUUUCAGAAGUUGUAAGCAGCAGAAUUGUGGACUUGAAAGAAAAGUGGAAAUUGUUCUGGUAACCUGAGAGACCUCGGUAUGCUGAUGACUUGAAAGCAAAUGAUAUGAAGAUUGCAAAGAAAUUUAUUUUCAAGGAAGAUUCUAAAUGAAAUGAUAAAGAGAUAAUCAAAUGUAGGUGAUGGCCUUUUUUGAAGGAGAAACUAAGUGAAAAUGGCAUGAAUUUGGGAUGGCCACAACAAAAGCCCUUUGAGCAAUGUACAGUGACAGAUAACUGUAUAAUGUUAUGUUGUAUUUGUGAAAUAAAAGAAAAUAGAAAUCA